GGAUAGCGGGAGGAGGGCGGAGAGAUGCGGCGGCAAGGGUCAGGGAGCGGACAUGUUAGUCACAGUCACCCCGGAGGGAGACGCCCGGGUCAGCUGCGGAUACUUAGGAUGUGUCUGUCACACCGGGGCCUGUGUACACAUCAGGGGGAGACUAUCACCGCUAGUGUGUGGGGGAAUUGAGCGGUUGCCCGUAGCAACCAAUCAGAUAACAGCUUCUAUUUUCCAGAGGCAUCUGUUGAAUGAGCUGAAAUCUGAUUGGAUGCUUUAGUUUUCCCAUUGUACUGGACACAACGGAGAUUUAUCAAAACCUUUCUAGAGGAAAAGUUGCUGAGUUGCCCAUAGCAACCAAUCAGAGCUCUUCUUGAAAUGAAAGAAGUGAUCUGAUUGGUUGCUGCACCACUGUUCCUCUACACUGGUAUUGAUAAAUUUCCCCCUGAGGACUACAAUUCCCAGCAUCCUUAUGGGGACUUCUGUCACACCUGUAGACUUGUCAGAUCGAAAAACACUACAUUCAGCAACUAGGCUGCAGCGCCGAACAUAUGCGAGCGCAGUCUACUGAUCCAGAGGGAUGGCUUCUAAUAUACUUCAGAGCUGCAUUCAUAAUCUAUCACACCCCUGUUUGUAGUCAUGGCGGAGAGCGUCCAGGCUCCGAUGGUCUUUCAACACCAGUAUAUGUGCUCAGAAUGUGGUCUUCUGUUCAACGCUCUGGAAGAUGUAUUGGUUCAUCAGCAGAACCAUGUUGGAAGUGGGAUACAAGCGAGUAUGUCCCAAGAUGUUUCUGUGCAGUUGGGAGAGCUGCAAGGCUUAGUACAAGAAAGCCAGUAUCAGUGUUUAGAGUGUGGCCAAGUCCUGUUAUCCCCAGAGGAGCUGCUACACCACCAAGAUAUGCACAUGCGGGAAUUUCCCCAGGCCCCCGCAUCUCCCCCAUUAGCCGGUGGCCAGAUACAUUAUCAGUGCUCUGAAUGUAAAGAACUCUUCACUUCCCCGGAACUGUGGCUUGCUCACCGCCAAAAGCAUGAAAAGCAAGAACAAAGUGUUGUCCUACAGACCGGAUCUGGACUCCAGACCGUCCUAAGCUUACAAAAUGUUCUCUUAGAUGAAAGGGCUUUAAAUGGUUGGGGAGUGGAAGUGCCAGCUGUGGUAGCAACUACAGAAGAAGCUGCUGAAUCUGUGUCAAGAGCGGCCCUCCCCACAUCCACUGAACAGGGAGAAGUGAUUCAGCUCCCAGAGAUGCAUCCGUAUGAGUGCUCGGAGUGCAGCCAGGUGUUUCAUACACCGGAGGAAUUUCUUGACCACCAGAGUCGGCACUUCAUGGAAUCCGAGAAAGAAAGUUUAGCUUCUUCACUCUACGGAAGCACUGAACAUGCUGCUCCGUCCCCUGGUAUUCUAGAGAAACUUCGGAAAGAUUGGAUGAUAGAAGAAAAAGAGGAACUGACUAGAGAGAGAUUUGGGGUCGUACAAAGGGUCUACCAGUGUUUGGAGUGUAAAAAGGAUUGUGCGACUGCUGAGGAACUACGGAAACAUCGCAAAGAACACCAGAACGAAGAGUAUCCUUGCCCAGAAUGUGGUCGACUCUUCACCUCUGCCAGCAGGUUGCAGUCUCACCGUCGUGUACAUGUGGAAGGCACCUUGCAGUGUCCAAAUUGCUACAAGGUAUUUAAGAAAGAGACUUCACUGGAGCAGCACAUGCGAGUACAUCGGGGGGAGGCUCUGUACCUGUGUGUGGACUGUGGCGUUGGUUUCGGUACAGAAAUCACCUUGGUCUUGCAUCGGAAAAGUCACACAGUGGACCCUUUACAUCGCUGUCACUGUGGAAAAACUUUUAGUAAUAUGACCAAAUUCUUGUACCACAGAAGGACUCAUGCUGGUAAAAGUGGCACACGUGUCCCUAGACCAGAUAGGCCCAGCUUCUUAAGCAAGGAGAGUCCUCUAGCUCUUUGUGAUUUUCCGCAAGUGUCACCAAUGCUGGCUCCAGUGAUGUUAUCUGCACCAGAGGUGUCUCCUACGCUCGAGGUGCCUUUAGCGGAUGUACAGAAUAAGAAAGAGAAUGUAGAGAAUGCAGGAUCUAAAGAAAAUGGAUUCACUAACAAUGUGUUAUCAGAAGAGCCAGAGACUGCACCGGCAUGUCAGACUGAGAGCUUCAAGUGCACUCAAUGUAGCAAGGAAUUUCCCUCCCGUCUGAAAAUGGUGCAACACAGACGCGCCGUGCACAUAACCGAGAGAAAGCACAAAUGCACGGUGUGCGCCAAACACUUUAAAAAACAGGUGCACUUGCGGAACCACAUGCGCACACACACAGGCGAGCGCCCCUUUAAAUGUUCAGCUUGCGACAAAGCCUUUGGAUCCCAUGCCAAUCUGACACGGCACCACCUGACCCACACCGGAGAAAAGCCAUACAAGUGUGAGGUGUGCGGCCGUAGGUUCACGCAGAAUUCCAAUUUGCAGCAGCAUCGCGUCUUGCACACUGGUUCCAGGCCGUUCUCCUGUAACAUUUGUGGCCUCGAAUUUAACAGAGCUUCCAAACUUACUUUGCACAAGAUCAAACACACAGGUGUCCUGCCUUACAAGUGUCCGGACUGUGAUAAGACGUUCUUGAGAAAAAAGUUAAUGCAAUUACAUCAACUUGAGCACCAGGGUAAAGCUCCGAUCUACUGCAAGGAAUGCGGAGGAGUGUUUACAGAUGAAUCCCUGCUCUCCGGACACAGAUGUCGGAGCAGAAGCUUGAGUCAGCAUAUAUGUCCUACCUGUAAUAAGAUGCUGAAUUCAGAAUCUAGUCUAAAUCUUCAUCUCCUCCUUCACAAUGGUCAGCGUCCCUUUAAGUGCCUUGUAUGUGGCAAAUGUUUCACCAGUCAAAGAAGGGCAGCAAGGCACCAUAAGUAUCACUCCGGAGUCCGACCUCAUAAGUGCACAUUUUGUGGAAAAGCUUUUUCUGCUUCCUUCAGUUUACGGCUCCACCUGAGAACUCACACAGGGGAGCGGCCAUUUCCUUGCCUGGACUGCGGCAAAAAGUUUCGCCAGGCUGCUCAUUUAAGGGAGCACCGCCGUAUUCACACGGGGGAAAGGCCGUAUCGCUGCCAGGACUGUGGUUUGUCUUUUGUUCAGCCCUUGCACCUAGCAGAACACAGACAUGUUCACACCGGAGAAAGACCAUACUCCUGUCCAGACUGUGACAAGAGGUUCAAGUCACUUUCUAACCUACGGAGCCAUAUAAAAACCCACAGGAACCUUGCUCAGCCACAGCAGACCAUCAUGUGCACAGAACUGGGAGAGACUAUAGCCAUCAUUGAGAGCGUGGAGCCGCUCCCUUUAGCUGACACUAUCGAAAUUUACCAGGCUGCCCUGGAGGGUAACUUACAGGUGGAAGAUGUGACAAUAUAGAAAUCCUUUCUGAUCAGUGUAUAUAGCAGCUGUUUUUUUCCCUGUUUUGUUAAUGUAAUAGAAGGUAUUUAUUCCUAAUAUAAAAGGCCUAGAUUUAUAAACAGUUGUCACUACUUUUUA